AUGACAAUGCAGCGACUCAGAAGCAGCGACUCCUCGGUCAGACUCCAGUGCUCCGGUAAACACUUGGAGACUUGGUGCCUUGACAAGAAACCUCAACUUAGAGACAUGAAAGAGGGGGUCCGGUGGGCAGGUGCGGUCGGGCUUCGUGCCUUCCUCCUCGUGCCUUCCCUACACCUCUCCGGGCGGAAGCCUCUCAGGCAGCCUGCGCGCUUCCUCAUUUACUUCCUCUUCCUCUCAGCUCUGUCCUCAACAACACAGCAUCAGAAGUCGGUCACUCUAUCAUGGCACGUGUCAAGGACCGACUCAUGGGUGGACGGAAGAGCAUCCAGUCCAAACUGA